GAUGCACUGUUGGGAGUCCUGUAGGGAGCAGAAGCUUUGGAGAGGGACUUGGGCUGUCCUGUGGGAGAAAUCCAAGACCGAAGAUAACUUGAAUGGGAAUCUGCCACUCCAGGCGGAGGCUGGGUGAAUCUGAUUAGGAUUUCCUCCCCUGAACCCCUUCAGCACUACUGUGGGGUUUGACAUUAACUCUCCAGGAGCUGGGAGAGCAAUCUAGCUGGAGACUAACCAGUAAGAUGGACAACAACACUGGGCUACCUGUGGAAGAGAACUCUACCAUUCCAAGUCCUAUGCUAACCUCCCAAAUGGCUGGGGGGUUGCUUAGGACCAGCAUCCUCCCCUUUGUGAAUCCAGGGCUCCCCACCGAUGGGGAUGGCUCUCAUCUCAGCAGGGCCUGGAACAGCUCCCAGGACUCCAAACAGCUCUUCCUCACCACCCCCCUUGCCCGGGGCAUCUCAGGAUUCUUUGUGUGGUCCGCUCUGGUGCUGACCUGCCACCAGAUCUACCUGCACCUGAGAUUCUACACCGUGCCCAAAGAACAGCGCUACAUUAUCCGCCUCCUCUUCAUUGUCCCCAUCUAUGCCUUUGACUCCUGGCUCAGCCUCCUCCUGCUCGGAAGCCAUCAGUACUAUGUCUAUUUCAACUCAGUGCGGGACUGCUACGAAGCAUUUGUCAUUUACAGUUUCCUGAGCCUCUGCUUUGAGUACCUAGGAGGUGAGAGUGCCAUCAUGGCUGAGAUCCGUGGGAAGCCUAUCAGGUCCAGCUGUUUUUAUGGCACCUGCUGCCUGCAGGGGAUGUCCUAUUCCAUCGGUUUUCUUCGGUUCUGUAAACAGGCCACGCUGCAGUUUUGUAUUGUGAAGCCCGUCAUGGCCCUCAUCACCAUUAUCCUGCAGGGGUUUGGCAAAUACAACGAUGGAGAUUUUAAUCCCCGCACUGGUUAUCUCUACGUCACCAUUGUCUACAACUUCUCGGUGAGCCUGGCUCUCUAUGCCCUCUUCCUUUUCUACUUUGCCACCAGUGACCUCCUCCAACCCUUCGAGCCCGUCCUCAAGUUUCUCACCAUCAAGGCCGUCAUCUUUCUCUCCUUCUGGCAAGGGAUGCUGCUGGCCAUCCUGGAGAAGUGUGGCGUGAUCCCAGAGGUGCAGAUCAUCGACGGGAAUGAGGUGGGGGCUGGGACAGUGGCUGCUGGCUACCAGAACUUCAUCAUCUGCAUCGAGAUGCUCUUUGCCUCUAUUGCCUUACGCUACGCCUUCACGUGCCAGGUGUACUCCGAGAAGAAGGAAAACUCACCAGUGACGGUGGCUCCCAUGCAGAGUAUUUCCAGCGGGCUCAAGGAGACCAUAAGUCCUCAGGACAUUGUCCAGGAUGCCAUCCACAACUUCUCGCCUACUUACCAGCAGUACACUCAGCAAUCUAUGCAGGAGGUCAAAAUACAGGGGAAAAAUGGGAACACAACCCCUACUUCCCAUCUUCCUGGGGGCAAGAAGAGCAAAAACAUAGAGAAGAGGAUGUUAAUCCUUUCUGAUGAGCUAUAGGGGAGUCUCUAAGGGAGCAAGAACUUCAGACCAGGGAGAGCCUUCCAAGGAGUUAGCUUUUGCCUGAAGAGCUGUCCUUGAACAGUAGUCAACAUACCCCACCAAGUACAAGCGGACUGUGGGGGAGGAGGUAUUGCAUUCUCCCUUCACCUUCCCUCUUAACAUUCUACCAAUCUACCCCCUAUGUUCCAAGAACUGGUCCUGAGGAAAAACUGCUUCGGAGAGAUCUUUUCCCAAGACCUUUCCUGCUGUGACCAUGGAGUCUACAGUCCUGCUCUGUUUUCUUAUCUGAAAGACCAUCUCCAUCCCCUCCACGCCCCAAACCCACAGCUCAAAUUUUUUCAGUGACCAGUAAUGUACUUCCUUUUUGACUGGAGUCAAUGCCUUCAUCAGAGCUCACCAGGAGAGAGCUCUCCUUUCCAUAGCGAGUCAAUCAAGAAACAAUCCUUAGGUAUCAAGUGUGUUCCGGGAACUGUGCUAGAUGCUGGUCAUAUAAAGACAAGUUCCUACUGUCAGGGCCUGGUGAGGAGAGCUGUCCCAGGUACAGGGGCAGGGACGACCUCUGCAGACAGGUGGAGGAAGCAUAUGGGAGAUGAUGUGCAAAGUGAGGUCCAGGAAAUCACAAAGAUGCUCAGAAAGUUGAGGAGACUAAUUCUUAAAACUGUUUCUGCUGAAGACCCAGAAAGAUAAAGGAUUAUCUCCUGUACAUCAAGAUUCAUUCAGGGAGGGUUAAAAACAAACAAACCUGAACCAUGUUCUAUUUUUCUUACUCUCCCCAAAGAUAAAGAGACUAUUCAUUUUGAGAACUGGGGAUACCUCCAAGCCGACCUGACUUCUAUCUAUAUAGGAACAAGACUCCACUUCUGAGCCAGAGAAUCUGAUGGUCUCUUUGCUUAGCCACUUUCUUGGGAGUAUUACAGGUGGCAGCAAAGGCUGUGGAGAAUGUGUGGGGUACCACUGCUGGCAUCUGAUCAGCUUCCCCCUUGCCAGACAGUGUUGUUCCUCAGUUACCCAGAAGCCAGUAGACGUCUGACUGGAUGACACUCUUCAAAGUUCUACCCGAUUACAGCCAAGAACCAGGACGUCCCAAAGGGCUGCAUUGGUCAAGCAGAGAGCUUUGCCCUGGAAUCUGUCAUAGGUGCCAUCAAAGACCCUCCCUGUCUCCCUCCUCUUGACGCUGCAUGCUCCAUCUCCCCAUCCUGAAGCAGACUGAAGCAGGGAGAUGAGACAGCAGUGGAAGAGCUGUCCCACUAAUCUGUAAGGUUUGUGUGGGUGAAAGGGAUUCCCUCCCUCCGACGGGGGUCUGGCUGAAAACAGCUGCUGCUGAGUUAGGAACCUAUUCCUUCCCUACAGGGCAGGCUGCAGGGAGCAAGGGGGAGAAAACUGGUGUGGGUCGGUCCAGUCCAGUGUCACCACAAGUAUUUAGCUAAGUGCCUUUUAUGUACCGAGCACUUAGGAUUCAGAAACGGAAAUGAAAAAUAGUACCUGCCUUCAAAGAACUUAUAUUUUACUGAGGAAUAAAAACAAAUCAGCAGGUAAAUAAAUACAAUUUGAGAAGGCAGGUUAGGGAAGAAUAAGCAGCAACAACCGGGGGUGUGAUGGCACAUGAGCUGAGCCUUGAGAGAAUCUAGGGAUUCCAAGAAGGGGUGAGGAGAGGUGUCCCAGGUAUGGGGGGAGAGAAGUAGAAGAAGUAUGGGAGGUGGUGUGCAAAGUGAGAUCCAGGAAGCCACAAAUAGGUGGUCAGAAACUUGAACAGACUGGUUUUUAAUUGUUUCUGCUGGAGAUUAUCCCCUGCACAUAAAAGUAAAUUCAGGGAGGAUUAAAAACAAACACACACAGGAACCAUGGUCAACUUCUCUCCCUCUCCCCAAAGACUGACAGUAGAAUUCUCUUCAGUGUUAGUACUGGAGUGGACGGGGAUUGGCAGGUGAUGGGCUAAGUGGGAGUGGACAGACUUUGAAAGUUAUGGCCAAAAGGCUGAGUAACCUUUAAACAAAGUAGCCCUCCUGAGUCUCACUUGUCAGGGACCAACUUGGGAAUCCUGGAAGGAGGAGGGGGAGAGGGCUGUAACCCCCCUCCCCCAGUGCCCUCCCUUCCCAGCUGUGCCAAGGGUCAGAGGAUCGUGAGACAUACCACAAUGUAUCACAGACUUCCAAGCGGAUGGCUUUUAUUUAUAUAUAAAUGUUCUUUGGGGUUUUUUCCCUGUAAUGAUGUCUGGCUUCUAUUUUUGUGUAGUCGAUCCCUUGGCUUAGCUAAAAACUUCAUGUGGGGACAGGCUGAAACCAGGCUGAAGGGUGUGGGGAGCAGCCCAGGAAUUACCUCUGCUACUCCUGAGCUUCCCCCGCCAUCCCGGGCCUUUGUGUUACCCGAUUGUGUCUUCCAGCGGUGAUCUUCAUCCUUACAAGGCCAUUCAGGGGGCAGAGGCUGUUAUCCCUUUUUAAUUGAAAAAAGAAAUUUGAAAAUGGAAUUGAGAAAAUUGAAUACUCAGUACUUGCUAAAUAACUGUGUGCAAGGUCACCCCGAGUGAGCUGUUAUGGCUGGAAGAGGAGAGGAAAUGAUAGUGGGCAGAAUGGGACUAGGCCUGAACCCCUGGGAGUCACCUUGAGACAAGCGAGUUGUUGGGGUUGCUUCUCAGGUUCCCCAUGCCGGUGUCUGUUUCUAGGUCAGGAGUUAGAAGAAGGGAGAAUGACAAAGUCUCAGGUGCUGAGAGCUCUGAUUCCUGGGGUACCUUGGCUAGUUCCCAAUCCCUGCCCCCACGUUUGGCCGUCCCUCGCAUGCACCAAAGCCGGACUCUGAGAUAAGAUACCGCAGCGACUUUUGCAGUCCAGCCUCUGCCGAGCUGCCUGGGAAAGUCUUUCUCUUAUCACCCCGUCUGCACUGCUGCUGGCAAACCUGGGGCUGCCUCCCCCCCAACUUGGUGGGACCACACCCAUGUUUCUGCAAGUUUUUUUAGUAGAAGGGAGGCUCCCAGCCCGGGUCCAGCCCCAGAUGGACUUAAGCCGGGACCCUACCACAAGCAUGUCGUUUUAAGGGGCCGGAAGACAGCCGCAAAGUAAAAGUCUGAGAUGUGCUGAUCUGAAUGGUGAAGAGGAAGGCCACAAACAAACCCCCUCGAAGUUAUCCACCCCAGCUCCCUGGGGGCCUCAAGUUGAGGAGGUGGGACCUUGGGCCAGCAGCCUGGCUGAGCUGGAUUGGAGGCUAUGAAUUCUGCUCUUCCUGUGGACGCGUCUUUGACUCACUCCAUCCAACAGCCGAUGGAUCCACUUUCUGAAGGAGUAGGGAAGCCAGUCCCGGCUGCAUUAGGCAAAUGAAGCUUUGGCGAAGGCAACACUCCCAUAAGGUGCUGUAGUACUCCUGUGAGAUCCUCAUGGUCAGGUGGGGGCACUGAAUCAAUGGAGAGAGCGCUGGACUUAAAGCCAGGAAGGCCCAGGUUUCAACCAGAAGCUUGCAGGCUUUUGACACCGGGCAAGUCCCUUACCCUAUCAGCCACAGUUUCCUCACUUGUAAAAUGAGGGUGAUAGCACUUCCCCUACAGGGCUGUUGUGAGGGUCAAAAAAAAUGUGCAUAAAUAAAACUUCAGA